AGAUUUUCAGUCAGUCUGUUGAGAAUUUUGUUGAAUGACAACAUCACCGAGAUGAAGCUAAGCAUAUUCGAGAAUCCCAACUGCCUGCUGAAUCGCAGAAAUCGUUAUCAGUUCUUAGCCACAUUUCUAGUGACAUUUUCGACAUUUUCUCAUGGCGUGGGAGUUGGUUGGAUGUCCCCUGUUAUGAGGGAUUUGCAAUCACCCGAAUCGCCGCUCAGCUUUGAGGUGUUUGUUGAGGAAAUAUCCUGGAUUGGCUCGCUGAUUGGCAUUGGCAGUAUUAUUGGGAAUUUAUUGGCUGGAUUUCUACAAGAUCGCAUUGGACGCAAGCCAGUUUUGUAUUUCCUAGCCUUUCCUUAUUUGUGUUUCUGGUUGUUGGCUUACUUUGCUCAGAGUGUGGAAUAUCUUUAUGCGGGUCGUCUCUUGGCUGGCAUUACAGGCGGCGGAGGCUAUAUAGUUUUACCCAUUUUUAUCAGUGAAAUCUCCGAUGCCAAAAUUCGUGGUCGUCUUGGCUCUAUGCUCAUGCUCUCGGUCAACAUGGGCGUGCUCGUUGGUUAUAUUCUCUCCACAAAUGUGCAUUACUAUAUAGCGCCCUUUUUCAUCAUUCCGCUGCCCAUUUGCUAUUUGGUUGGCAAUCUUUUUCUGCCCGAGACGCCUUUUUAUUUGAUUACCAAAGGCAAAUUUGGUGCUGCAGAAAAGUCCUUUAGAUUUUACAAGAAUAUUCAAGAGAAUGACAAGACUUCAAUGGCAGAGUUUGAGGAGAUCAAGUAUAAGCUGACCAAGGAGCAGGCACUAAAGGUCAAUGCCUUUAACUACAAGGAUUUCAUUACCAAGCCUGCCUUUAAGGCCUAUGCCACAGCCUUGGUGCUGCUUGGCUGCAAUCAAUUUACAGGCACCUUUUGCUUCACCACCUACAUGACGGACAUUUUUGAGAUCUCACAUGCUUCGAUGGAUGCGGGCACUUCCACCAUUAUCCUGGGUGCUGUCCAAAUUGUGGGCGUCUGUGCCACAAUUUUGUUCUGUGAUAAAUAUGGUCGCAAAUUCCUGUUAAAGAUCUCUUCUCUUGGUGCUUCCAUUUGUCUGGCUGCCUUUGGUUUUUACAUAUACUUUGCGGAACGUUACGAUCUCUCUGGCUGGGGUUGGAUUCCAUUGGUUCUAUUAACACUGGAGAUGUUUUUAUGUCACAUUGGUUUAGUUGGCAUCUUAUUUGUAGUCUUGGUUGAGGUCAUGCCAGCUAGGAUACGUUCGGUGGCUGUGUCCACAUUUAUUAUUCUUCUCAGCUUCCUCGUUUUUCUCACGCUGAAAGUCUUUCCACUCUGCUUAAAGUACUGGGGACUUGCCAUCACUAUGUGGGCUGCCAGCGUCGUUGGAUUGCUUGGCUUCAUUUACUUUAGCUUGUGCUUUGUCGAGACCAAAGGCAAAUCUAUGCUGGAUAAUUUCAAUUUAAUAUGCAUUGCUCAUGGCAUUGGAAUUGGUUGGUUUGCGCCCACAAUGCGCAAAAUGCAAACUGAAGAGACGCCCAUGAAUUUUAAGGCCACCGUCUCUGAGGUCUCCUGGGUUGGUUCAUUCCUGGGCAUGGGAGCGAUGACAGGAAAUGCUCUAAUGGGAAUCAUUCUUCCCUAUUUGGGCAGCAAGUUGUGUCUACUUUUUGUAGCCAUUCCUCAGACGUGCCAUUGGCUUUUGGUCUAUUUCGCUGAGAGAGUCGAGUAUCUUUAUGUCGGACGCUUUCUUGCCGGUCUUUGCAGUGGAGGCAUGUACAUCGUUCAUUCCAUGUUCCUCAGCGAAAUUUCAGAUCCCAGAAUUCGUGGGACACUCGGAGCUAUAGUGAUGUUAUCUGUGAAUGUAGGCGUGCUUCUUGGCAACAUUAUGGGCACACACAUGCCGUUCAGCAUCACAGCAUUCAUAGUAUUAUUACUUCCAGUUUGUUACUUUUUAUUAACGCUAUGUUUUAUACCGGAAUCGCCGGUACAUCUGAUAAGAAAAGGCAACUUGAAGGCGGCUGAGAAAUCUUUCCGUUAUUAUAAGAAUAUCAAGGAUUUUAAUCGAUCUGCAGCCGUGGAGGAAUUUGAGGAUAUGCGACAGAAGCUAACGGAGGAUGACAAGUCAUCCAGUAACGUGACUAUCAAGGACUUUGUCUUGCUGAUUGCGAAUCAAUUCAGCGGCAUUUUCUCCAUGGUCAGCUACAUGUCGGACAUCUUUGAAAAAUCGGGCAGCACUAUGGAUCCAGAUACCUGCACCAUUAUCAUUGGCAUCGUUCAGAUACUAGGCACAUAUGCAACGGCUUUACUUUGCGAUGUCUGGGGACGUCGUCUGCUUCUCGUUGUCUCCUCGGGCGGAGUUGCUGUCAGUCUCUUUGGUUUCGGUUUCUUCACAUAUUUUGCACAGUGGCACGAUUUGAGCGACUGGAGUUGGGUGCCGCUUGUGUUGAUGUCGAUCUGCAUUUUUAUGGGCAAUAUUGGACUUGUGGGCUGCUUCUUCAUGGCCUUGGUCGAAAUGUUUCCUCUAAAGAUUCGCACACGUGCCACAUCGAUUUCUGUGGUUAUUUGCGGCUUCUUUGUGUUCGUCAUGCUCAACAUUCUGCCACUGUGCAUGGCUGAAUGGGUGAUGGCACCACCGAAAGACACAUUUAAAAAUCUCUUGCUCUCCGUCGCAGUUGCAGUUAGAAAUAGAAUUUCGCUCGUGCCAGACUCAGUCAGCUCGAAACUCAAAAGACGAAUACUAGAAAUGUUUGAACGACUCUUAGCGCGGCCAAACUGUCUGAUUAAUCGCAGGAAUCGCUAUCAGUUGUUAUCCACAGUGUUAAUUAACUUAAUAUGCAUAUCACAUGGCAUUGGUAUUGGUUGGUUGUCGCCAACGCUGCGCAAGCUACAAACUCCCGAAUCGCCUUUGAGUUUCCCCCUUAACGUUAAUGAAGUGUCUUGGGUGGGCUCUGCUUUGGGCAUAGGUUCGGUUAUUGGCAAUUCACUCAGUGGCCUGUUUAUUUCGCGCUUAGGCAGCAAAGCUUGUCUGCUCUUCAUCGCCUUACCACACUCGUGCCUUUGGAUUAUGGUGUACUUUGCCACGAGCGUGGAGUAUCUGAUCGCAGGACGCUUGCUAGCUGGCAUCACAGGAGGCGGCAUUUAUAUAAUACAUCCACUUUUUAUCAGCGAAUAUUCCGAUGCAAACAUCCGUGGAACUUGUGCCACCAUGGUAAUGUUGUCGGUUAACACGGGCAUUCUUAUAGGCUAUAUUGUGGGCACUUAUGUCUCAUACUAUGUUGUGCCAUUUAUCGUACUUAUCUUACCGCUUAGUUUCUUUAUAUCUGUGCUCUUAUUCAUACGCGACUCACCGAUGCAUCUCAUCAACAAGGGCAAGUUUACGGCUGCUGAAGCAUCUUUUAGAUACUAUAAGAACAUUAAAGAUAGCGACAACUUAAGUGAUCAGGCCACCGCAAUGGCCGAAUUUAAAGAUAUGAAAAUGACCCUGACAAAUGAAGAUAAUCAGCUCGACAAGGUGACCAUAAAGGACUUUUUCACUCGAGCUGCCAUUAAAGGAUAUGCUAUGGCUUCUGUUAUAGUCAUUGCCAAUCAGUUUAGCGGCGUCUUUACCAUGGUCAACUAUAUGACGGAUAUCUUUGCCAAGUCGGGCAGCACUAUGGAUCCAAAUACUAGCACAAUUAUCAUUGGAUCUGUGCAACUCUUUGGUGCCUAUGUCACUACACUGCUUUGCGAUGUCUUUGGCCGCAGAAUUCUGAUGCUCGUUUCAUCGGCUGGCGUAGCAUUAAGUUUAACUGGUUUCGGUUUCUUUACCUACUUCACUGAGAUGUAUGAUCUGAGCCAAUGGAACUGGGUGCCAGUGGCCAUAAUGUCGGUGGACAUAUUUUUGGGCAACAUUGGCUUAGUUAGCUGCCUAUUUGUGCUCAUGGUUGAAAUGUAUCCCCUCAAGAUUCGUGCCAGAGCAACAUCGAUUUCGAUUGUUGUCUGCAGUUCAUUGGUAUUUCUCAUGCUCAACAUUUUCCCUCUAUGCAUGCAUUACUGGGGACUGCCUACAACAAUGUGGUCUAUGGGGGGCAUUACUUUCUUCUGCUUUAUUUGCUUUUUAUUCUUUUUAAAAGAAACCAAAGGAAAGUCGAUGCUAGAAGAUUGAUCGAAAAGCGAACAACUGGUAUUUUCAAUAUUACCGAUAAGCUAUCGAAAAUGGUUGGUCAAUGUACCCGCAUAAAAGCUGGUUGCUAU